UCAACGCGCUAGUUGGAUUCUAAAAAUUUUCCUUGCGGAGCGAGGCGAGAGGGAGAGAGAGCCAAUCAUGGCGGACAACCUCUUCGCAGGAUUGCCCCCUCCUUCUGCAAACCCUUUUCCUCCUCCUCCUUCUGAACACGAAGCUCCAGAGCCAGUUCCUGCUGACAUCGGGGAAUCCUCUCCUGUUUCUGCUCCAAAGCCUAUCCUCAAAAGUGCCCUCAAGCGCUUUAAGCCCACUGAAUCUGACUCCGAAGCUGCAGCACCUAAAAAAAGCUUAAAGUUUAAAACAACAACCGAUGCUUCUGAAACACAAGUUAUUGAAGCCAUGAAGAAGAUAUCCUUACAUAUCAAGACCCCUGCAAAGUUCAGCAAGGCUUCAAAGCUUGCAAUACAACUAAUUCAGGCAGGAAGUGUAAAGUCUGGAACUCGUGAUUAUUUUUUUUCUAUAUUAGAAGCUGCAAUGUCAUCAUCCAUACCUUGUACAGAUCCUGGGGUGCGGGCAGAUUAUCAUGCUCUGUUCUCAGCAGCUCAGGAUGCCACUGAACAUCUCAAUAAGAAGCAAAAGAAUCAAUUGACAUCAUGGACAAUCAGCGCUGUGGUGGCAAAUGAUUUAUAUACAGAUGACAGCUUUGUGUUCUCCAAAGCAGCUGGACGAAUCAAGGAGGCUAUAUCUAACCUUCCUGUUGCAACUGAGGAAGAUGAUGUUGAUGAAGAAGUGUCCCUAAAGUAUAGCAUGGGUAAGGUAGAUGAAAGUGACAAAAUAAAUCAGGAUAAACCCUUGGUUUCUAGAGCCAAGGAUAAUGAGGAGGAGGAGGUGGCUGACCCAUUUGGACUUGAUGCUUUGAUUCCUGGAAACAAAAUUGAAAAGAAGAAUGGAGCCGAAGUGAAGAUAAAGAAGGAUGAGAAUGAGGAAGAUACUAAGAGAUCAAUGAAGUCACGAAGAGAAGCCUUGAUAACCUGUUUAGAGAUUGCUGCUCUUCGUUAUAAAACUCCAUGGUGCCAAACAGUAAUUGAUAUAUUAGUAAAGCAUGCCUUUGAUAAUGUGGGAAGAUUUACUGCUCAACAGAGGCAUGCGAUUGAGAAACUUUGGGCAUCUAUACGGGAGCAACAAACUCGCAGGAAGCAAGGGAAAUCUGUGAAUGGAAAACUUGAUGUGAAUGCCUUUGAGUGGCUCCAACAAAAAUACGCUGGUGAGAAGAUUAGCAUUCGGCAUUCUGUUGGAGCUAGUGGAGAUCGUCGUGCUCAACAAUGGCUUGGCUGAAUAUUCUUGUGUGGAAGGUGGGUGGGAUGUCGCGAGGCAAACUGUUGUGUACGUUUGACUCUGCCAAUUAUGAUAAGCAAGCAAAAGCGUAUAUGCAUGUUGUAUCAAGAUACUGAUGUGACAUGUGAGUCCAGGACGUUAAAUGUGUGUGUUCAUAUA